AUGUGGAAAUGCUUACUCGAAGCGUAUCGUGAAAAGGCUUCAAAGGCCUCAGCGUCCUUAAGCAAGCUAAUGGCAAACGUUGGCGGCCCAACAGAAGACAAGCGAAAACUGCUAAUGACAGUUGUGAACGCGAUUCUGCUCUACGGUUCUGAAGUAUGGUCUAAUGCAUUACAGAUUAACCAGAAGCGAAAUGCGCUCGAAAAAAUCCAGAGAACAACGGCACUCAGGGUAGCAUCUGCAUACCGUACGGUUUCAGGUGCGGCGGUCCUUGUUAUAAGCAGCUCAAUACCCAUCGACCUCAUGGCCAUGGAACGGAGGCAAGCAUGGUUAAGCCGCCAAAGCAACGAAAACAGCAGCGUAGCUACAAAUUAUCGGGAACACACAAUGAUAGAGUGGCAAAGUCGGUGGACUAACGAAACUAGUG